AUGGCUCAAAGCCCUCAUGUUGUGGUAGAAAUCACCUCUAAAGAGAUGGUGAAGCCCUCCUCCCCAACUCCUCUGCACCUCCGAACCCUCAAACUUUCGUACAUCGACCAACUCCUACGUUCCGCCUACAUCUCCUUUAUAUUGUUCUACAACCCUAGCCACGACCAAACAAUUCCUAACGACGACGAUCUCAACCGAACCUCCCGACACCUGAAGGAAUCCCUCUCCCACACUCUCACCUCUUUCUACCCUCUCGCUGGCCGCCUCCUCGACUCCUCCACCGUCCACUGCAACGACGCUGGAGCCGAGCUCUCCGUCGCUCGGGUCCUCUCCCGCCGCCUCGACGAAGCCUUGCUCGACCAGGACGACGUCGAGCGUUACCUACCCGAGGGGCCCACCGGCGCCAGGCCGUUGUCGCGACGGGCGGCAUCGGCGUCGGUGGUGGGCCCUACGCGGGUCGAGCUCGUGUCAGCUUUCGUCUUGGAGAGCCUAUUGCAAGCACUUUCGAGCAAUGAUGAUGAUGAUGAUGAUCGGAAGGUGGUGUUGGCGAGCCACGCGGUGAACCUAAGGCCGAGGAAGAAGGCUCUUGAGAACAUGUUCGGGAACUGUUUCAUGGCGUCGUUUGCGUACUGCUCGGCCAGGGAAGUUUUGAAGCUUCACGAGCUGGUCGGGAAAUUGAGGGAGUCGAUACGGAAGGUGGACGAGGGUUACAUCACGGGAUCGGAAAACGGCGGAGACGUGUAUUUGGGAGACUUGUACAAGGCUUUGCCUAUGCUUGUCAAGGGAGGAACAGAGGCAUGUUUGUUCACCAGCUGGUGUGGGUUCCCGUUUUACGAGGCGGAUUUCGGGUGGGGAAGGCCCGUUCGGGUCUGCCCAGUGGCCUCGCCAGUAAGAAACUGUGUGAUUUUCAUGGACAUGAACAGGUUAGAUCAAGGCGAUGAUGAUAAUAAUAAGAGAAAGGGAAUUGAAGCUUGGGUCAGCAUGGCCGACGAUGGCUUGGAAAUAAUCCAAAAGAAUUUCGAGUUGAUUUCAGAUGAUGCAAAGGAUCCUGCAGAGAAUUUAUCCUUGGUUCAGGCAGGUUGA